AUGGACCGCCCCGGCUUUGUCGAAACCCCCGGCCGUCGCGUCACCCGUAAUAGCUCUGUCUUCGACGGCAGCGAGAACGAGGGCUCCAAGUCCCCCUCCGAACAAGCAAAGUCAACUACCCGCCGUCGCGCUUCUGCAAAGGUCAAGGCCGAAGAGGAUGAGACCCCGGUGAAGGUUUUGGUCAAUGGCAAGGCUACCAAGGCCAAGGAGUCCAAGUCGCGCAUGGUCGAUGGAUGGGAACCCGGUCUGGAUCCUAAGGUUGACUACAGCGGUCACUUCGAAUUCGGUGGCUCGCUCGGUGUUCUGUCUAUGAUGAUUGGUUUCCCAAUGCUUAUGUACUACAUGUGGAUUGGAGCCACUUACUACAAUGGCAAGUUCCCGCGUCCCGCGGAGGGCGAGAGCUACAGUGACUUCUUUGCGCACCUGGUCGAUCUGGUGUACACCGGUGCUUUCCCUUCGCUGAAGGCCUGGACAAUCUAUUGGGUUUUCUUCCUCUUUGAGGGUGCUUGCUACGUGCUUCUUCCUGGUGUGAACGUAUCCGGACGCCCUCUGCCGCACAUGGGUGGCAAGCAAUUGCCAUACUACUGCUCCGCUGUGUGGUCUUUCUACACUAGCAUUGGAUUGGCUCUGAUUGCGCACUUUACCGGACUUUUCAAGCUGUACACCAUCAUUGAUGAGUUCGGUCCUUUGCUGAGCGUUGCUAUUCUGUCUGGAUACAUUGUCUCUUUCAUUGCCUACUUCUCGGCUUUGGCGCGUGGUGCCCAGCACCGUAUGACUGGCUACCCCAUCUACGACUUUUUCAUGGGUGCUGAGCUGAACCCCCGCAUGUUCAACAUCCUUGAUUUCAAGAUGUUCUUCGAGGUUCGCCUUCCUUGGUACAUCCUGCUGUUCCUGUCUAUGGGUGCCGCUGCCCGCCAGUGGGAGCUCUAUGGUUACGUGUCUGGUGAAGUCAUGUUCCUUGUCAUGGCUCACUACCUUUAUGCCAAUGCCUGCUCCAAGGGCGAGGAGUGCAUUGUGUCUACUUGGGAUAUGUACUACGAGAAGUGGGGCUUCAUGUUGAUUUUCUGGAACUUGGCCGGUGUUCCUCUAAGCUACUGCCACUGCACCAUUUAUCUGGCUAACCACGACCCCGCCGAGUACCGCUGGAACCGCUUCUUCCUUGCUUUCCUCUACAUCGCCUACCUGUUCGUCUACUGGAAGAACCGUUUCCGCCAGCAGGAGCGCGGCACCAUGGUUGCCCGCAACACCUUCCCCCAGCUUCCCUGGCAAACCGUCAAGAACCCCAAGACUCUGACUGCCGAGGAUGGCUCAAAGAUUCUUGUGGACGGGUGGUAUGGCAAGGCCCGCAAGAUCCACUACUCGUGCGAUCUCUUCUUCGCUCUGAACUGGGGCCUGAUCACCGGCUUCUCAAGCCCCUUCCCCUGGUUCUAUCCUCUCUUCUUCGCCUGCAUGAUCAGCCACCGCGCUCUUCGUGACAUCCAGCGCUGUCGCACCAAGUAUGGUGAGACUUGGCUCGAGUAUGAGCGCCAGGUGCCUUACCUGUUCAUUCCUGUGAAAAUGUUGAUCCAAGAAUCCUACCACGAUGUCCCCACCACAGCAGAUGGCCAGGGGACGAUGCGAAUUUACGUCUUCCACCCGACAAUCCCGGGCUACGUCAAAGCCCGUUUCCCAGGCGUAGUCGUCUUCAGCGAGAUCUACCAAGUAACCGGCCCGGUAGCACGCUUCGCGCGCCAGAUCGCCGGUCAGGGUUAUAUCUGUGCUGCGCCAUCUAGCUACCAUGAAUUCACUGGCCCGGAACCGCUGAAGUAUGACGCCGAAGACACCGACAAGGGCAAUGCCUGGAAGAUUGGCAAGAAACUGGCCGCUUAUGACGAAGACGCUAGUCUUAGCGUCGAUUACCUCCUUUCCCUACCGACGUGUAAUGGUCGCGUCGGUGCGACGGGUAUGUGUCUAGGUGGUCAUUUGGCUUAUCGCUGUGCUUUGGAUAGCAGAGUUAAGGCCAGUGUGUGUUACUUUGCUACGGACAUUCAUAGCAAGACCCUUGCGCUGGGGAAGAAUGAUGAUAGUCUUGCUAGGGCGGGAGAUAUAAAGGGUGAGAUGUUGAUGAUUUUCGGUAAGAAUGAUAACCAUGUCCCGCCGGAGGGACGGGAUCUCAUUCGCAAGACCCUGCAUGAGAAGGGUGUUCAGUUUAGCUUUUAUGAGGCUGCGUGGGCACAGCAUGCUUUUAUCCGUGAUGAGCUUAGCAAGGGUCGCUACGACCCGGCUAUCACUAAGGUCUGCUUUGAGAUGUUGCUUGAGCUGUUUGGCCGUACUUUGAAGCUGGAUUUGGGCGAGCAUGAUGGUCAAAAGCAGGUUAUUGAGGAUGUUUGUUAA